CUCGGUCGGAGGCAACAUCAGGCGAGGAGGGACAUAGGAUGAAACAAAUUGCUGAGACGGACUUGACUUGCUCGUCCUGAAACGUACCACCUUAUUCCGAUCAGACUGUUCAUUUCAGCAAUCGAUUGCGGAUUCUUUGGUCGGCUCCCAAGCCAUCCCUAAGCCUAAGAGGGCCAGUACUCGUGCCUUCGAAGGCUGGCUGCCUCCCUCUCUUGUGGGUGAGCAGUGGUCUCAAACAGUAUGAACGAGUCAAUCACGAAUCAUGAUUUUUACAAGUCUUUGAAGAUGUGCUGUUUGGCUCCAAGACUGGCAGGAAGAGCCACCAGUGUUUGAGAAGGCAACAGCUUGCAACUUGCAAGACACGCUCAUUGCAAGUGUAUGUGUGACAAGCCUUUCGACCAGCUCGCAGGAUAUUUACAGACCGCCAUGGUGCAGACUGGCACGACUGCCAAGUGUCGCUCACCAGUCAUUGACUGGGAGAAGCUGAAGAAACAUGGGGUGCAGCCAUCCUUUUGCCUUCCAUCAUCUCACAACGCAGUCCGUGCCCACGUCUCAUCUGCUAGCAUUCGCGAAGUGUGUCGGACACAUCCCCGGCGAGAGUUUCGUCGUUUGUGUGACCGAGAAGCAGUUGUAAUACCAGUGCUGCUGAACCAGUCCGACGGAACCAAUGUGGAUAAUCAAGCCUAUCGCGCUCAUGUGGAGGGUUCUCGACGUUGCUUGGGCGCCAGCAACACCUUCGCCCUUCUCCAGGAGGAGACAGACUUUGACCGGUCAAAGCUUCAAGGCAAUCCUUUCAACAUCUCAACAGAGCUGCAUCGCACAUGGGUGGGCUUGUUGGAGGUCUUGCAAUCUACAGUGACACCCCCACCCAGUCGGUCACAGAGAUCCACCUCAACUCCUGGCUCAGGGCAGCGCCUUCCGUCUGCCGCCUCUACCCGCCCGUCCUCUGUGCCGCUGUGCUCCACCACGGCUGUGGCGCAGCUCUUCGCCGCCUGCGCGGUGGCGCCACCCCAGGAGAUCGCAGAGCCCGGCGCAUCCUGGAGAACACCGCUGCCACAACCCUCCACCACAGCUGUGCACUUGAGAGGUGCAGAUGUGGAAAGCAUUGGCACCACAGAGUGCUUGGAAGAGGCCCUUCGAGUCAAAAGCAUGAAGAAACCUGCUCCUGCUCGUUCAAAUGUUGCUCCUGCUCGCUUCGUUCGCAGAUGGCGCCUUGGGGUUGAAGAUGCCAAACGGCAUGGAACAGCAUAGGUGCGAUGGCGAAGAAAGCGACAGAAAGCUGCAGCUGCCAGACUUGAGUGCAGGGUUCUGAAAUGGUGCACCCUUGCAGGUAAACAAAUAUGGCCGCAUUGAUCAUGGCAAUCAUGCCCCCAACAGUGAAGCUUUGUGUGGCCCACGACCUGGCAAAUCCACGAGGAGAACCUCAAAGGGGGUAGCUGGCUGGCUGGUGAGAGAAAUGAAGACUUUGGAAUUCAGAUGAUUUAAGUCGUGGGAGCGCAGGACCUGUUAUUUUUUCUCGGCCGCGAAUCAUGCUUAGCCCAGCUGACUUGAGCACCCAACCUCCCGC